ACGCCGCUGAUAAGGACUCGUCGUAAGCCCUACCGCAGCGAUCUGAAUCCAUUGCUGCGAAAAGAGGCGCCGCGCGCCGCGCAUAGAGGGAGUACACAGAGCUCACCUCUCCCCAGAGGCACUGCAAGCAAAGCGCAGACGUCGUCGCCGACGCGUUGUAGCGUAGAGCAACGAUGAUGCGCGCCGCCCUCGUCCUCGUAUACCUACAAACGACGACGCCGCUCCAAUGCCCGCAUGGCCGACGGAUCAUGACGCGACGACCAAUGAGCCCGAACGACAUCAUGACCGCGACCGAGUGGGGCCGCCUCAUGACCGACGCCUCCGCGGGUCUGGUGGGAGGGUCCAUGGGCGUCAUGGGCACUUUAGCUGUGUAUGAAAAUAACCGCUUCCACGCGAAGCAACGAAGUAUCUGCGCGUACUGCGAGGGCACGGGCUUCAUCAAGGGCGCGUCCUACCAAUCUUCAUCAGGAGACUGGCUCCGCAAGGCCGACGGCGUCUGCAUCAACUGCGAGGGCACCGGGCUCAGCAUCCCCGCGACGUUGGACCGGAAAGGAAUUAAGCAACAAGACGACGAACUGGAAACGAAGCUCGACGAAAUCGGCAUCGCCGCGCUCGCCGACGACAUCGUCCGCGCGGAGAACAGUCCGGGCGACAUGUUGGAAGUGACGCGCAUGUUGCAACGAAGAGCAUUGGCACGGGCGGGCCAGAAGAAGCCGAUGACCGAGGCGGAGAAGUAUGCUGCCAGCGUCCGUACGUAUCUGUCGAGGGCGCGACGAUGAAAGCCUUUUUCCCAUAAACAUUCGCAGUAAAAGCCGAGCGAGAGCACUGUCUCCGAAUGGGGCAAAAGAUGUUACUUCCUUGGAUGUCUGAGCGCCGCUGUCGUGUCGCGAGAGUGCUGCGCCGCCGUCGCCGCCUUCUCACGCUUUUUGUCGCGCAGGCUCGCGCGGUCGCGAGCAUCGAACCCGAAGACCGAAAAGGCGAAGGCGGAGCGCGUGGCGAACCCCCGGAAGUAA